CCGCCGCCGCGUACCCAUUAUGAAAUCUGGACUGAUGGCUCCGUAUUUCUCGGAGUAAAAUCUGGAGCAGCAGCAAUGAUAUACAAAGAUGGUGAACUGCUCUGUACCACACAUAGAGGCGCUGGCCCCCUAGCCCGCAGCUACACAGCUGAAUCCGUAGCGCUAUACGAAGGUUUACGGAGACUCCUCAAAAUAAUUCCUGCAAAUAACCAAACGCCCUGCAGGGUCUCCAUUUUCACGGACUCACUGUCGCUUCUCACGGCACUAGAAACAGGUCCACUGACUGUAAAAGACCCAAUACUACGACUCCUGUGGAACCUAAUACUUCAAGUGCAACGUCGCAAAGCCCGCAUACGACUACAAUUUAUCUUUGGUCACUGCGGAGUCGUGAAAAAUGAAAAAAGCGACACAGAAGCCAAAAAAGCUGCAGAACUACCACAAAGAACUGAUACUUGGAUCACAGAUAUAAUAGCCUACGCUAAACGAAUGCUUAGGGGUGAGGAUACACCCCCUCCCUCCCAUAGAUCAAAAAUCACGGGAUCCUGGAACCCCACCAAAGAUAAUCCGGAACUUACUAGAGAAGAAGAAACAGCCCUAGCACAUUUUCGCACAGGUGCUUCGCAUCGCUAUGGCUGGUUGCUGCGAAAGAUACAAACCCGUAUUUCCCCUGGUUGUCGAUGGUGUAAUCCCCAAAAAGUCAGUACGCCGGCACCCGUUAUUUCACCUGGCCAAAAAAGACCGCGCUAUGCACUAAACAAAGCAACAGACCCCGCCACCUGCACUGAAUGCGGGGCACAAUACUCAUGCAGGAACACCGCAGUACAACAUAUGGCCAGCAAACAUGGGUUCAAGAGGGCCGAUGCGCUCUGGAAGAUCAAAUUCCCCCAUGAGCCACCUCCGCCGGACAUCCCGCCAGAACCUCCGCCACCUUCACAACCGCCACCUCCGGACACAACGUUACCCCGUCCCACUUCGCCUAAAGCAAAACUCCACCCGUUUGCCUGCAGUAUGUGUAAACGAACAUUUCCGCUUCAAAAUGGAUUAACGCGCCACCUUUGA